AUGACCGGACGAGGAAAAGGUAAAGCCCAGGGCACCAAGUCAAAGACUCGUUCUUCCAGGGCAGGUCUACAGUUUCCUGUUGGUCGCAUCCAUCGCCUUCUUCGUAAAGGCAACUACGCUGAACGCGUCGGAGCCGGUGCUCCCGUGUACUUGGCUGCCGUACUUGAGUAUCUGAGUGCUGAGAUCCUCGAGUUAGCAGGAAACGCAGCACGCGACAACAAGAAGUCAAGAAUCAUUCCUCGUCACCUCCAGUUGGCUGUGCGAAAUGACGAAGAAUUAAACAAACUCCUUGCCGGUGUCACCAUCGCUCAAGGCGGUGUUCUUCCCAACAUUCAGGCAGUAUUACUACCUAAAAAGACAGAGAAGAAACAACACUAA